AUGGUGGUUGGUGACCUCACGUCAGGUUGGCAGUUUUGUUUUUAUCGACUAGCGCUUGCGCGCUACCUUCUUUCAUUCCUUGUUUAGAAAGAUGGCAGACAACAAGUUGUACGAAACGUUGGGGGUGAGCCGAAACGCAUCAGACAGCGAAAUUAAAAAGAAUUACCGGAAACUAGCGAAAGAAUUCCACCCGGAUAAGAAUCCUGAAGCUGGCGACAAGUUCAAGGAGAUCUCGUACGCGUACGAGGUGCUUUCCGAUCCGAAGAAACGACAGAUUUACGACAAGUAUGGCCUCAAAGGCAUGCAAGAGGGGGCGCAGGACGGCUUUGCUGGCGACAGCUUGUUCUCGCACCUGUUCGGCGGCGGUUUGUUUGGCGGUUUCGGCGGCUUUCCGCACAGGAGACGUCACAAAGGAGAGGAUACCGUCCAUCCGCUUAAAGUGUCGCUUGAGGACUUGUACAACGGAAAAACGUCCAAAUUGCAGUUGAGCAAGAACGUUAUUUGCGCCGCGUGCAACGGCAAAGGCGGCAGAAGCGAAAAUUUCGAACAGUGUCCCGGGUGCAAGGGUCGGGGAUUCAAAGUGACCUACCACCAGAUCGCACCGGGAAUGGCGCAGCAGGUGCAGGCCGAGUGCUCAGACUGUCAUGGUGAUGGGGUCAUGAUCAAGGAGAAGGAUAGAUGCACGACGUGUAAAGGAAAAAAGGUUUGUAACGAGACGAAAAUCCUCGAGGUCCACAUCGACAAAGGAAUGAAAGACGGUCAGAAAAUCUUCUUCCGUGGCGAGGGCGACCAACAGCCCGACAUCGAACCCGGCGAUGUCAUCAUCAUACUUAACGAGAAAUCCCAUGAAACGUUCCAAAGAAGCGGCGACGAUUUGCUCAUGAAUCGCACCAUUAGUCUGACGGAAGCUCUCUGUGGCUUCAGUUUCGUGUUGCGCCAGUUGGACGGGCGCGAUUUGUUAAUCAAACACCCACCAGGGGACAUUGUGAAACCAGGCGAUUUGAAAGCAGUGAUGGGCGAAGGUAUGCCCAUGUACAAAAAUCCCUUCGAAAAGGGAAAUCUCUAUAUCACCUUCGAAAUCACAUUCCCGGAGAGUAAUUUCGCAGACGAGAAGACCCUCAAAUCAUUAGAGAGUAUGCUGCCGCCGCGGCCCGUCUUUCAAAUGCCUGAAGGCGAAAACGUGGAAGAAGUUGACUUGCAUCAUUUCGAUUCGGCGAAUGACAAGGGGGCGCAUGGAAGCAGAGGGGAAGCGUAUGCGAGCGACGACGAGGAUCACAUGCAUGGACCGGGCAUACAGUGCGCACAUCAAUAGAACUAUUUUCGCAGUGUUGCUCUGCAGCUUUCUAAAUAAGGAUUUAUAUCUGUAGAUCAAUUAUACUAUCCGUUAAUUUUUUGUCGUACCUAAUUGUAUAUUUUUUAUUUAUUCUUUUACCUUCUUAGAGAAUAUUAUUAAUGCCACUUUUAUUUCCAAACAUCAAAUUGUUUGUUGUAAUAAAGAAAAUGCCUGGUUUUGAUUUAAUUCAUUUACGGACAAAUUUACAUUGCAAAGUACAGAUUGUUAAAAUUUGUACAUGUACGAGUAUUAACGGAAAAUGUUAAUAAAGAUGUAACUUCUCUUAAUAAAACUUUGUUUUUGUAGAAA